AUAAAAGUUAGCUGGGUGGAUGUAAUGCCAGCCAGUCGCAACAUUGCCACGAUAUGAAGUCGCUGGCGGUGACUGGUGCCGCGGCGCUGCUAGUGGUGCUGUUCCCCCCCGUCAUCUGGUGCCAAGUGCAGUACUCACAGCGCGACGCAUCCAGAAGAGGCUCAUUCGCCAGGGGAGGACAUGCAAGCACCCAAGACUUCCCUUCAUCUGGGCACAGUUUCUCAAGUAACCAGGGAGUCCAAAGCUCGUCUGGUAAGUCCUCAGAUAGUCAAAAUCGAAAAACUCCUCAUCUAGGUUUCCUUUCUGAUGGAAUUCUGACCUCUGAAGGGAUUCAGAGAAGCCUACAUGCGAUCGAAGGAGCAAUAGCAGGGGAUGAUAGCUCGGGCUUGGUAGUCGUGCCCGGGCAAGGUGGGCCACUCACUGACGAGAAGGACAGAAAGAGUUCUGACGGACUUGGAUUCGCAGGAAGACAUACACGAAAGGAAAGAAGGAAGGGAAAGGAUCACCGUGGGCAAGGAAGAAGAGGAGAAUCAGGGAGAGAACAUAGAGGAAGAGAUGACUUUUUGCUUCAUGGUGGAGGCGAAGAAGAGGGAUUCUCUACAGGACAUGGAGGAGGAAGAAUAGGAGGUGACUUUUUUAUUCAAGGAGGAGGAGAAGGAUUAAUAAGAAAUCAUAAAGUAGACUUUAUUGGUGGUGGAGAACUGACACAUCAUGGAUUUAGAGGAGACGUCUCACUCUAUGAAGGUGGAGGAGGACGAGGACAUAGAACAAAUCAAGGAGAAGGAGAAUCUAUACUGAAAGGAGGACAAGGAGUGCUAGGAGACAGGUACAUAAUCAAAGAUGGAAGAGAAGAAGGAAGAGGAGGAGGAAGAGUCUUCUACGAAGAUGAAGUAGGAGUAAGAGGACUACAAAGAGUGCAUAGAGGAAAUGAAAGAAGAGAAACACUACAUGGAGAAGAAAGAGGAGGAGGAAGAAGAGGAGGAGGAAGAAGACAAAACGAUCACUUCCAUAGCGGUUUGCUAUCAGGAGUCGAAAGUUCAGUGUCUGAUCUUCAGGAAGCAAUAUCAGGGGGAGGAAGAUUAGCGAGAGGAGAAGCUGCUGGACUUUCUCUGUUCACUCAAACCGGGGAUAAGCUCCAGUCUGGUCACUUCAGAGGUCAGCGUGGAAAUGAAAAGGGAAGAGGAGGAAGAGGACAGUUCGUAGUCAUUGGCGAGGGACGCUCUCAGGUGAUAACAAGGAAUAACGAAGGACCUGAGUUUGAAGUCGCUGAAGGAGGCACGGGGAAAUUUCGUCCCCUUGGAGUUACCUUCAGAGUGAAGGAAAGCGGAACGUCAGCAGGAGGAAGAGGAGGAGGAGGAGGAGGAGGAGGAGGAGGAGGAGGAGGAGGAGGAGGAGGAGGAGGAGGAGGAGGAGGAGGAGGCGAAAAAGGAGGACUGAUCGUGCCCGCAGGAACAGAAGAAUAUGACGCAUCAACAGAUGAAGAUUUACAAAAAAUAAUCCAGUCACUCUUGUCCAGUGAUAGUGUGAAAGGCUUGGAUGGGAAAGGAAAUAAAAUUUUCGUCUUAGGAGAAGGACUGCGGGGUUUAAGAGGAGGAAAAGGUGGAGGAAAAAAAGGAGGAAGUAUAAGGAUAACUAAAAUUGGAACUGGGGGCUUACCUUUAAGUGAAGGAGUAGUCCGAAGCAAUGGAGAAGGUAUCAAAAUUUCCAAUAUCGGAUACGGAGGCCAGUUUGUUGAAGAAGGAAAAAGGGGAGAUUUCCAAGUCAUUGGGGCUGGAUCACUAGACCUUCAUGGAGGUAGAGGAAGUGCAGCGGGAGGAAAAGGAACAGGAAAUUUCAAUGCUGAGAAUGGUUUUGUGACAAAUAAUGCUGGUGGUGGAAGAGGUGAAGAUUUUACGAUCAUUAAUGGUGAGUUUGGAGACCAUCUUGAAGGAGCAAGAUUACUAUCUGGUGGAGUUGGAAAAGGAGAUUUCAAAGUCAUCAAAAGUGGGUCUGCAGGAGUUGAUGGCAGAGCAGGAAUAACUGGAAAGUUGAGUGGAUUUGGAAGUCAUGAUGGAUUAAGGGAAGUGGAUAACAAAGAGUUUGGGAUAAUUAGUGGAUUCGGAGAUGCAUCAGGUGGUUUUGGAGGAGAAGUUGGAAGUGCAGGUGGAAUCGGAAUAGAGAAGAGUGAGCAUGUUAUCCCUUUGAGACCCAUUAGUACCCUACGACGUGCCAACCCUUACAUCCAGAAAACUGAAGGAGGAAUAGGGAAAGGAGGUGGAGGAGGCUCAGGGCACACAGCUUCUCUUGACCUAGUUGGAUCCAUUGGACGUCACGGGCCAUCAAAGGAACGAAGAGGCUUCUCAACGUCUCUGGAAUACGCUAGGGGUGCCAAAUCUUCCGUCAGCAUCAAUUUUGGAGGUCCAUCUCGCAGGGACCACAGGGUAGUAUCACAACAGGGCUUCAACCAGGCAGAAAUAACAUUGCCAGGAGCCUCAGCUAAAGGGUUACCUAAGAGCCCCAUCAUCCAAGCGUCAGAAAGGGGCGUCAAGGACACUAACUACUCGGUAAACGGGGCGUCCUCCGCCGCUGCAGCGUCGUUUUUGAAAUCUACCUUGGGGGAUUUAGGUAAAUAUCCCCCGGGAGUGUGGCGGAUCAGUCGUUAGUUCUUGUUGUUCUAAAAAUUAAUAAUUAUUUUUACCUUCAUUAAUAUUAAUAUUGUUGUUGUUAUUAUUGUUAUUAUUAUUAUUAUUAUUAUUAUUAUUAUUAUUAUUAUUAUUAUUAUUAUUAUUAUUAUUAUUAUUAUUAUUAUCAUUAUCAUUAUUAUUAUCAUUAUUAUUAUUUCUGUUACAAUCAAUAUUAGUGUACCUAUGUAAUAGUUUCCUUUUAACACACGGAAACAAUCAGACAAGACCGUAAAUAAAAAAAUAAAAAAAAUAUUAUAGAAGAAAACAUUAUUUGCGAGUCUAAAAAAAAAAAAGUAAACUUACAGUAUUUUCAUUUACGAUGAUAUGAUUACUGGGAUAAUAUAUCUACCACUACUACUACUACUACCACCACUACUACUACCACUACUACUACUACUACUACUACUACUACUACUACUACUACUACUACUGCUACUUCUACUACUAUACUUACUACUACUACUACUUCUACUACCACUACUAUUAUUUCUACUACUACUACUACUACUACUACUACUACAAUUAAUACUAAUACUGUUAUCUCUACUACAAUUACCAAUGCUAAUAUUGUUGUCACUACUACUGCUGCUACUACUACUACUACUACAACAAAUAAUAAUAAUAAUAAUAAUAAUAAUAAUAAUAAUAAUAAUAAUAAUAAAAGUAACAAUAAUAAUGAU